AUGAUGGCACUGCGUUACAGGUGAAUUCAUUUAUCCCAGUUCAUCCGAGAUACAGAGUCCAACAAUGACGGGAGGAAAAACAAGAAGGUGAAUUUUGACCUCAGUGUGAGUUUUUGAGUUGGCGUCCUCACCCGAAUCAAUGACGGGGCAUGAUACUAUGAAACAACACUGCCUGACAGCAGUCACGAGAGAGGAAAUGCACGCGCAACGAAGGACUGCAGCGGCAUGCGAAGGUAAAGCGGAAAAAGUUCGUCCGCGCGCUGAGGCUUGACUAUUCCGGGAGUGCCUAACAACCCAAUGUGCGUAGACAGUGCACUUUCUUUGGGAGAAUAGCAUUGCAUAGAAUAGAGUUAAGAGUCUUUUGCUGUUAAACUGAGAAAAGAGUGAAUCAUGGCUACGGGGGAAGCUGGUGGCUUGGCGCAAACCGCCGCCGUUAAGUUGUCAGAGAUGGGCGAAAGAACUAAACAGUUUGGCACGGCAAUCCAGGAUCCAGAAAGACAAAGAAGGAUUAUUCUAGUUAUUGUAUGUGUGGCACUUUUGCUAGACAAUAUGCUUUACAUGGUCAUCGUGCCAAUUGUGCCAGAUUAUCUCGCCCGUUUAGAGAGCGAAUCAGAGCACGCGCAUAUAACGGGGAACUUUUCAAGCAACAGAACGCAAAAUCAAGCGCAAAAUGAGAAUUUUGACGUGCAGAUCGGCGUGCUUUUUGCAUCCAAAGCCAUUUUGCAGCUCCUUGUCAAUCCUUUGACCGGAACAUUCAUAGACCGCGUCGGCUAUGACAUUCCACUUUUAAUUGGACUCAGUAUCAUGUUUGUCUCAACAUGCAUUUUUUCCGUCGCCGAAAACUACGCUACUCUGUUCGUAGCCCGCAGCCUGCAAGGUCUCGGCUCAGCGUUUGCAGACACAUCUGGAAUUGCCAUGAUCGCAGACAAGUUCACGGAGGAGGCAGAGAGAAGUCGCGCGCUGGGUAUUGCCCUCGCUUUCAUCUCUUUUGGAAGCCUGGCGGCGCCCCCGUUUGGAGGGGUACUGUACGAGUUCGUGGGCAAACGAUUCCCUUUCAUUGUGCUUGCCUGUGUGUGUUUGGCUGAUGGUAUAUUAUGCUUGACUGUCCUCAAGCCCUUUUCCAGUAGGACUAGAGAGAAUAUGCCGGUUGGCACCCCAAUUUACAAACUAAUGAUUGAUCCCUAUAUAGCAGUUGUGGCAGGAGCUUUGACAACAUGUAACAUCCCACUUGCUUUUCUGGAGCCCACCAUCGCCAGCUGGAUGGAGGAGACCAUGAAUGCAUCCCAGUGGCAGAUUGGCCUCACCUGGCUACCAGCCUUCUUCCCACACAUAUUAGGUGUCUACAUAACUGUCAAACUGGCAGCACAGUAUCCACAUUUACUGUGGUUUUAUGGGGCACUCGGUAUGGUCAUCAUUGGCGCUAGCUCCUGUAUUGUGCCGGCAUGCAAAACCUUUGAGCAACUUAUCAUACCCUUAUGUGGCAUUUGUUUCGGUAUUGCAUUGGUAGACACAGCUUUAUUGCCGACUCUUGCUUUUGUUGUAGACGUCCGUCAUGUGUCUGUAUAUGGUAGUGUGUACGCAAUUGCAGACAUCUCCUACUGUGUUGCCUAUGCGCUGGGGCCCAUUGUGGCAGGUAAAAUAGUACAUGACCUAGGUUUUGUGCAACUUAAUCUGGGCAUGGGUCUGGCAAACGUACUUUACGCGCCAGUCCUGCUGCUACUGCGCAACGUGUGCUUAAUGAAACCGUCCCAUUCCGAGAGAAACAUGCUGCUUGAGGAAGGAGCCACAGGUCUCUACGAUACCAUAAAAAUGGAGGAACGCCAAAGAAAGAAGCAAGGCUAUAAUUCAUCUGGCAAAUGUGUGCCUGUCGACGAAAAUGGGACAUUUGGACAAUCAAAAUCAUACUCCGAAGAAGAGACAUCUGAACCAGAAUGCAUAUAGUCCGAGUCCAAUGUCCUAGUUCAUCUAUCUGUUACAAUCCUCUAUAAAAACCCUCUGAUGAACAUAAAUGUUUUUCAUUAAUUCACUACAUAUUAACCUAUUUAUGUCCCGAGGAGAACCAUUGGUGAACAGCAUACAAUCCGAAAUGAUGUUACGCAAUUUACUGAAAAGAUAAGCUCAGUUAAAUAUAUAUAUAUAUAUAUUUUCCAUUACAAGAAAUGUAAAAAAAAAAAAAAAAAAAAAGUUAAAUGUUGAAUUUCACUGUAUAGUAUUCCGCUGUAUUAAGUUGUAUUCAGGGAAAUAAAUAUGGUGCAAAGAUAUUAAUUAUGAAGAUGCGCGUCUACGUAUUAAAUGGGCCUGAAUUUAUUUCGCCGGUUUUGUGCUGUUAUAAAUAACAUGCAAAAUGUCACCUGACACAAAAAAAAAAAAAAAAAAAGAAAAGAAAAAGGAAACUGGUGUUAUUCCUGCCUUUUCAUUGUCUGUUUCAAGUAUUAAAUGUUUAGGGUGUAUUUCUGGAAUGCAUUACUGUAUUA